AUGGCCAAGGCCAAAGACAAAUUGAAUUCAUGCUCUGACUUUGGAUUUCUUUUUACUGCAAAUUUGUCGCCCCGUGGUGAGAUGGCGAAUGGCGAACUGAGAGGCGAUCGUGUACGUGUGUUGGUAGUGGACGGCGAGGAUCGCACCAUCCGCAACUUUCUCAGCACCUGGUCGUCGACCAACAACCAAACCUGCUUCUUGCUUGGCGCUAUAAAGAAAUGGCUCGAGGCUUGCGAGCUACUUGGGCUGGGCUCGUCGCAGGCUCGAUCCAAGCCCAACUCGCCAAGAGACAAAGCAGAGCCAGAGCUGCGCGACGGAGCCCGUGUGAGUAGGCCCUACGUGUCAGGUACUCAGGGAUCAUUUGCUGCGGAGGUUUUGCUUGGGAAGAUGGCAAACAUACGUGCACUUCUGGUCGGCUUGUCGCGGGCAAGGGGUUCCUUAGCAGAGGCGGGCAGAUGUGCGUCCACGAGGCCAUCACUUCUAACAUCUCUGGGCGCACAUUACAAGAUCCCCAUGCCAGCCCGCUGGUUCUCAUCUACAGGGCUUCCUCCACAUCUGGUGGUUGGAAUGCCAGCACUAUCCCCUACUAUGAAUCAAGGUAACAUCGCGAAAUGGAGAAAACAGGAAGGAGACAAGAUAGAGGUUGGUGAUGUGAUAUGCGAGAUAGAAACUGAUAAAGCCACUCUUGAGUUUGAAAGCCUUGAAGAGGGGUAUCUGGCCAAGAUUUUAGCACCUGAAGGUUCUAAAGAUGUUCAGGUUGGACAACCCAUUGCUGUCACGGUUGAAGACCUUGAGGAUAUUAAAAGUAUACCAGCUGAUACAUCUUUCGGAGGUGAACAAAAGGAGGAGCAUUCAACAGAAAGUGCGCCACAAAAUAAAGUAGUUAAUGUGUCUGAACAAACCUCAACAGUGAGCCGGAUCAGCCCGGCAGCUAAGUUACUGAUCAAGGAACAUGGACUGGAUACGUCAUCACUGAGAGCAUCAGGCCCCCGUGGCACCCUUCUGAAAGGGGAUGUUCUGGCGGCAUUGAAGUCGGGUGUCAGUUCAAGUUCAACCAAAGAAAAGAAAGCUCCAGCUCAACCUUCGUCUCAGCCAACUCGAGAUUCCCAAGCUCAAGCAUCCCCUGUUUCACAAAAGGCUGAUACAUAUGAAGAUAUUCCGAAUAGUCAGAUACGCAAGGUCAUUGCAAAAAGGUUGCUCGAAUCAAAACAGACGACUCCACAUUUGUAUCUAUCCAAAGAUGUUGUGCUGGAUCCCUUGCUCACUUUCAGGAAUGAACUGAAAGAGCAACAUGGCAUUAAAGUUUCAGUAAAUGAUAUCAUCAUAAAGGCUGUGGCAAUUGCCUUGCGGAAUGUCCCUGAAGCAAAUGCUUACUGGAACAAUGAGAAGGAAGAAACCCAAAAGUGUGAUUCAGUUGAUAUAUCCAUUGCCGUUGCCACAGAGAAGGGCCUGAUGACCCCAAUAAUAAGAAAUGCAGAUCAAAAGACUAUAUCUGCAAUAUCCUCAGAGGUUAAGCAGCUGGCUGAAAAGGCAAGAGCUGGGAAGCUUGCACCUAAUGAAUUUCAAGGGGGAUCUUUCAGUAUCUCAAAUCUUGGGAUGUACCCAGUGGACCAUUUCUGUGCAAUCAUUAACCCUCCACAGUCUGGCAUUCUCGCAGUCGGUAGAGGUAACAAGGUUGUUGAACCUGUUGUGGACAGCGAUGGAACUGAGAAGGCUGCUAGAGUUACAAAGAUGAGCUUGACACUAUCUGCUGACCAUCGUGUAUUUGAUGGGCAAGUAGGAGAAUUCUUUGGGGGCGAAAACCACUCAAGAAAAGAGAACAUUUAG